AUGGUAACAGAUGUUGUUAAAAACAUUGGUUCUCAAACAUCAAUUGCAAGAAAUAGGAGAAAACUUAUUCUCAAAGCAAAGAGAGAUUAUCGAAACGGUAUCAGAUCAAACAACCUCACUUCCCAUUUAGAACUUAAUUUUACAUCCUCUGCAACAUAUGAAACCACUGUUAAAACGGCUAUGGCUAGAAAGAGAAGGAAGAUAAUCUUGGAUAACAGAAAAAGAUUGAGAAAUUUCAUCAACACUGAAGUUGGUGAGUGCGCAAAUGCAAAUUCAAGAUGCAAGAAUUCAAAUUAUGGGGUUGAAUUUUCAAAUAACAUUGUUAUUCAAAAUCAGAACAUGGAUCAUGCAUCUACCUCAAAUCAUAAUAUGUCAAUUGAGUCUCAUUAUCAGGACAAUGAUGACUCCAACUCUGACAAUAAUUUGAAUUCUCCUAAUAGUUCCGACUCUGAGGAGGAUUCAGUGCCUGCACAAUUACAGGAGGCCCGUCUUCAAGAAACCGGAAAACCUCCGCAAUAUGCUCAAUUAUACAUCUACGACAUGGACAAUGAAGUUGAACACAGAAUAAAAUGUUUCAAGGACAACAAAGGCAUCGAGCGCCCCGUUGUCAAUAAGCUCAAGAUAAUGUUAGAUGAGCACAAUGUUCAUGCCAAAGCUUUUAGAAUGGCAAGGGAUGUUUUAAGGACAAAUUCUUUCACAGAUUUAAAACUCAUACUUAUUUCUGAUAGAUCCGAAGAUGGUCGUGUUUACAAUAAACCUACGGUCUCAGAAGUGGCUGCACUCAUUGUGGGAGACAUUGAUUAUGCUGAUAAAAGGGACAUCUUAAUUCAUCGCCGCAAUGGUGGUUUGCAACGAAUAGAUGAGUUUCACCCAACAUAUUUGGCAUAUCAGUAUCCUCUUAUAUUUCCUUAUGGGGAAGAUGGUUACAGGAAAAAUAUAAUGCACAAAUAUCCCCAUGAAACUGAGGUCACUAGGAAAAACCGUCAGAGCAUUAAAGGAUUGGUUUUCUUACCGGUUACAACAACGUCACAAAGAGACAAAAACACUACUUUACUCAAGACGUCUAUUUCAACAAUUCUUAGUCGACGGUUAUGCUAUGAUGGAAUCCAAACGACUGAAUUGGUUGAGGGAUAA